AUGGCGUGGAUUAGCUCACUAUUCAGUGGAAGCAAGAGCCCUGUGCCUCUCAUUGAGAGCGAUCAAGUCUACCAGACAAACUUCCACGACAACACGCAAAUAUUCGAACCUCUCAUCAUGGCCUCUAUAUGGCAAUUCAAUGAUGUACUCGACCCCGUCAAGUUACACUCUUCCCUCAAUUGUUUACUCGACAUCGGCGACUGGAGGAAGCUCGGUGGCCGCUUUAGACGAGUCCCCAGCUCGCGCAAGCUGCAGAUUCAUGUUCCCACUCCCUACACCAGCCAAAGACCUGCGGUUGCCUUCUCAAGUGAGGUGCUUAGUAUGAAGCUUGCGGAACAUGCCCUAGCAGACAAGUUCCCUAAGCCGGCGAAUCGCCCCUCUUUCCAUCCGGCGUCGGAGGAGUUGGGACCGCUGGUAUUUCGACAAGACCAGCCGCAAACGCUCCAGGACCUCCUCGCCCGAGAUGAGCCAAUGCUGUCACUGCGCAUCGUUUCUUUCAGCGAUGCUACACUUGUCUCCCUGACGUGGCCUCAUAAUCUGAUGGACGCAAACGGCGUAGGAUUCCUCGUCAAUGCCUGGUCCCUUGUGCUGGCCGGUCAGGAAGACAAGGUGCCGCCUGUCUCGUUGGUUGGGCGGGACAUUCUCUAUGAGGCUGCUAGUUCAGACGCCGCGCAGCAAGAAGAAAGCGUUAUUGCUGACUCGCGACUAUCCGGCCUCAGCAUGGUUUCCUUUGCCCGAAGCCUGCUCUGGGACAUGUACUGGAAUAAGAUGGAAUCACGGGUAGUGCACCUCCCCAAGGAGUUUGUGCAAAAGCUACGUGCCGAGACACUAAAUGAAGCCAAGAGGGAGCAGCAGAAAGCAGGUGGUCCGGAGCCGUGGAUCAGCGAAUUCGACGCCAUACUCGCGCUCUGGUUGAGCAAUCUGGCCCGAUCGCAGUCGAAGCCCAAUUCUCUCACCAUGUGUCUGCCAUUUGACUGCCGGAAAAGACUGCCGGGGAUCAUAAGCCAGGUUGACACUCACGUUGAGAACAUGGUGCUGAACAACUUCACGCUCCUGUCGGCCGAGGAGGCCAACGCAUCCGUCGGGAGCAUUGCGUGGAAUAUCCGCAAGGAAUUGAUGAGGCAGACAACCCCAGCGCAGGUUCUGGCCGCUCUGCGAACCAAGAAGGAGCAGUGGGAUAAGGGUGACAAUGCAGCCCCCAUGCAUACGAAGCCAGAUAGCACGUUGUACAUCACAACGAACUGGGCGGCAGCUAAGCACUUCACUGUUGCCCAGUUCGGGCCGGCUGUCGUGAAGCAGGGUCAAACAGGCCAGCAGAGGGUAAACCCCCUGGGUAGUCCGGCUCUAUAUCACGCUUUUACUGUAAAGCCGGCGUGGACGAACCGGAAUUACCUGAUCACGACUGGUAAGGACCACCGGGGAGAUGUUUGGCUACAUGGGACUUUUACCGCCCAGACCUGGGCCCUGAUCGAGAAUAGCAUUGGGGUAAACUAA